AUGAGGGGAUCACUACUCGGAAUUCUUCUUUUCUUUAAAUACUCCAUAUGUGCGGACGAACUGAACUUUGAGGGGGACAUUAGAGACUUUGCGGUGGGCAAUAAUAAAGUUUAUGUUCUCACCGACGAUCGACUGCAUCAGAUGCGACACAACUUAACCAUUGAGACAGAAAGGUACAUCUCUAAUGCAACGCAUUCCAACAGAGUGAAUAUUUUAGUCUACUUUGGAAGCAACAAGACACUGAUUACCUGUGGAACAUUAAAUUGUGGGUAUUGCGAGGUUCUUGAUGAAAAUGACAUCACCAAAAGUUUACACCGUGAAUCAAUAUUAGUUGGGCCUUGGAGAAAGGCAUCAUCCGUUGCCUUCAUUGUUGACAUCAAAUCCCAGAAAUACCUUUUGGUGGGUAAAGAAAACGAAGAAAGCCCCUGUGGCACCAGUAAUUUUGUGUCAUUGUGGAACACUCAAGAUGAGCAAUACGGUGGCAUUUUCUCCAAGUCUAACACUCGUGAUACUCCGACACCACCUUAUAUUCAUUCCGAAAAGAAAGUCCAGUUAGUAGACGGGUUCCAAUUGAAUUUAAGUUCAUACCUGUUUUUGAACGUAAUGACAGAAAAUGGAUCUGCAAGUCUUAAGGUGCAACUCUUACGGACUGAAAACAAGGGCACAAAGGCAGACACGUUGAAAUCUCUCAGAGGUGCGACUCUGAAAUGUUGCGAAGACAAGCAGCGUCGAAGACUCCUGUCGUCCACAGUCAUCAAGGAUACUGAAGAAGUCCUCUGGGCAGGUGUCUUCAGUGCGGAGAACGCGCGGGAUACAGCGAACAAUGCUUUGGCAAUUUACGACAUCAGCCAAGAACUCUCAGAGGUUCAUGAUUUUUGCGACCUCAAGGAAAACGCCCCUGCAGAAUGCAAGCCAGUGGGAAGAGCAGGACAGGAUGAAAAAAUCCUGACCCCGAAGACAGUGGUGUUUAGGUACAGGUCCAUUUUAUCAGUGGCUGCGGAGAAAAAUGAGCCGUGGGUUGCACUCUUCAUUGGGACAGAAGAAGGACAAUUGAUUAAGCUUGUGCUGGAUAAGGACCUCAAUCCAACUUGUCCAAUGGUGCUUUACAAAUCUGACAAUGGUUAUAGGUUUUUUCCCAGAAUGCUGUUUGAUCCAGUGGAUCGCAGUCACAUCUACAUAGCUCUGAAAAACCAGAUGAGAAGGGUGUCAGUGGCUCAGUGUGGUGAAUACAACACUAUGGGGGAAUGCAGGUCUGCUCCAGAUCCCCUUUGUGGCUGGUGUGUGUCCAAAAGCAGAUGCUCCAUUUGGCAAGAAUGUCAUGGGUCCAUCUGGGUGAACAUUCCUGGAGAUGUCAUCAAGAAAGAGCUGAAUAUUUCACAGGUGUCAAAGAAUAAAGCUCUGGUAAUUGUGAAAGGCCAAGGUCGUCCUGCAUAUUCAUGUUUCUUCAAAACAGAAAGUGGAGAUCUGUGUGAGACAUCCAGUCAAACCAGUGUCUCUGUCGACUGCUCCUGCACCUUCUCAAGCCAUCUGGUCUCUGCUGAGGGUCUUAGAGUCACAGCAGCAGUAACUGUUGAGAAGCAGACCAUCACAGAGGAAGUGACGCUGAAGAACUGCUCCAGUAUUUCUGAAGGAUCUGCUUACACUCAGUGUGUAGCAUGUGUGUCAGCGGGCUGUGUCUGGUCUGGUCAGCGCUGUGCCUGGCCAUCUGGAUCUGCAAUCCAAACACAGGACGUGUGCAGAAGCUCAGAGUUGAAGUAUGAGGAGCCAGAGAUUCUAUCUGUGGAACCAAAUGUGAUUUCUUUCCAUGGUCGGAACAACGUGCGUCUAAGGGGAAAGAACCUGAAUUCUGUCACUAAGGUCAGAGUUCAGUGGGACUUGGACUGCAAUCCAAAAGAUUCUCCAGUUCUCCAACGUUCCAGUGACAAUCUGAUCUUCCACAUUCCAGGAGGUAUCAAAGGAACUGCAAGAGUGUGUGUGGUCACGCCAGAUGGUGGUUGUCAUGGUAACACAGCUAUCUUUUAUGGAUCCCAACCCAGCUGCACAAAUGUGCAACCUAGAAAAUCUUGGGCAAGUGGUAAUAGGUCAAUUCAAGUGGUGGGAUCUAAUCUGGAAUUUGUGGAGGCAAUAACUCUGAAUGACUACACUACUGACGUUAGCUUCAGUUCAGGGGUCCUCCGGUUUCAGACACCUCCUCUCACAGUGUUCACAGAUUCUGGUCCAUUCCCUGUGUUACUAAAAGCAGGGAACAAAUCACUAGCCUGCCAAGAGAAACUGCUCUACCACCCUGACCCAGAAUUCACAAGUUUCACAACCUCACCACGUGUCACUGAACUGUUGGUUACCAUUCAGAAAAAAGCAGACAGUUUAACCCUUAACAAUACAGAAAUCAAGGUCUGGGGUAGAAAGGAGGAGGAUGAGUGGCGUCCAUGUGUAAACGUGAAGCUUGAGUCCAGUACUGACAAGGCAGUUGUGCUCUGUACCAUCAGUAAUACACAAGACGUUAAAAUAGAUUCACUGAAGAUAGAAAUUGGACAUUUUUCCAAGAUUCUUCAGAUGGAGAAAAGUUUGCUUCAUGUAUACAUACUCAUACCCAUGCUUAUUUUACUUGUUGGUAUUGCUGUGGCGGUGAUAAUCUAUCGUAAGAACCAGAGAAAGAUGACCGAGAGAAUGAAUGAACGCCUGGAAAUGUUGGAGAGUGACAUCAGAAAUGAAAUCAGACAAGGUUUUGUGGAUUUGCAGACUGAAAAAGCAGAACUAGUUCAAAAUGUUGCAGCGAUCCCUUUCUUAGACUACAAACAUUUUGCUUGCAGAAUUUUCUUUCCAGAAGGCGUGUCUUUUAUGAGUUCAGUGAUUAAAGACAUCGGUCAGGAUUCAAUAAGGUUGGAAACACAAGAGAGGUACCAGGCACUAUCUGAACUGUUGCGAAAUCAGCUCUUCCUCACUUCCUUCAUCCAUGCCCUAGAGGGGCAGAAGAACUUCAGCAUUAAAGACAAGUGCAUGGUGGCCUCUCUGUUGACUCUGGCUUUACAUGGAGAUCUCCCCUAUCUGACUGAGGUAAUGGAGCAACUGCUGAGGGAUCUGAUAAAGCAGUCUAACAACUCUCAGCCUAAACUCAUGCUACGCCGCACUGAAUCCAUAGUAGAGAAACUCCUAACCAACUGGAUGUCCAUUUGCCUCUAUGGAUUCCUCAGGGAGUCAGUGGGGCAACCACUAUUCCUGCUGGUCUCUGCUUUGACACAGCAGAUCUCCAAAGGACCAGUGGAUUCAGUCACUGAGAAGGCUCUAUACACGCUCAAUGAGGACUGGCUCCUCUACCAGGCUCAGGACUUCAGUGCCCUGAAGCUGAAUGUAUUUUUUGCAGUGGGGACUGAGGGUGAGGUCAGUGAGCCACUGGAGGUCAGUGCUCUGACCUGUGACACUAUUGAGCAGGUCAAAGAGAAGAUCUUACAGACCUUCCAGCGCAAAUUUGGCUUCCGUUACACACAGCAGAUCAGAGAAAUUGAUAUUGAAUACUCACAGGAAGGAAGCUAUGUAGCUUUACAGGAAGUUGAUGCCAGCUCUGAUGUUGUGGGGGAUGUCACCAUGUUGAACACUCUCAAACAUUACAAGAUUCCUGAUGGAGCAUCAAUAAAAGUGAUCACUAAAAAACUCCAUGCUCCUCUCAGUCCACAGACCAGUCUAAAAGAUGAUCAGAACUUCUCUGUCAAAUACUUCCACCUGAUUGACCCUGACAUUGAGGUUGACCAGAGAAAAGGUUCAGAGAGAAAGAAACCCAAGGUCAAAGAGGUCCACUUGACAAAGCUACUCUCCACCAAGGUGGCGGUGCAUUCCUUUGUGGAGAACCUCUUUAAGAAUAUCUGGACAAUGCCAAACAACAGAGCUCCACCGGCAGUUAAGUAUUUUUUUGACUUCCUUGAUGAGCAGGCAAAGAAUCAAGAAAUCACAGAUCCAGAUGUUCUACACAUUUGGAAAACCAACAGCCUGCCUCUGCGUUUCUGGGUGAACAUCUUAAAGAAUCCUCAGUUUGUGUUCUGUGACCUGGAGAAGACUCCUCAUCUGGACGCCUGUCUGUCCGUCAUUGCUCAGGCCUUCAUGGAUUCUUUCUCUCUCGUCGAACAGCAACUGGGCAAGUAUUCUCCAACCAAUAAGCUGCUUUAUGCCAAAGAUAUCCCGCAGUACAAACAGGAAGUGAAGGCCUACUACAAGCUUGUGAAAGAGCAGCCUGCUAUGAGCAGUCAAGAAUUUAAAGAUUUCCUGCAGGAGGAGUCAAAGAAACAUGAAAAUGAUUUCAAUGAAUCAGUAGCAUUACGGGAAUUAUACAAAUACAUGCAGCGCUAUGAUGCAGAGAUCAGGCAGAAGCUGGAGCAGAAUGAUGCCCCCUCUAGACUCAAGGAGAAAAUGCAGCAAGUACAAGAGCUUUUUGAAGACAUCAAAAGAAGUGGCUGGGAAUGAGUCGCGCUCUCUCUCUCUCUCCCUCAAAUACACCAUGUAUCUUCACUUUUUCUUUUAUCCCCACAAGUACACAAGCACUCAUCAGGUCUGAGAUCAGUCAUAGUAAAAAAAAAAAAAAUCAA